GUUUUGCAAUAAAGUUUUCGCAUUCACAGUCGAUUUGUUUUUUCCUUUCGAUACGACAACCUCGAAAAUCGACAAUCCGCCACGAUGUCUGCCACAACCACCCCAACUGCCCAGCAGGUUCUCAUCCCUGAGACUCUCUUGAAGAAGCGCAAGAGUCAAGCCAAGGAGAGAGAGGCAAAGGCCGCUGAGACCGAGAAGGUCAAGAAGGCCAACAAGGAGAAGCGUGGUGUCAUCUUCAAGCGUGCUGAGAAGUACGUCAAGGAGUACCGUGAUGAGGAGCGUGAGAAGAUCCGUCUUGCUCGUGUCGCCAAGCAAUCUGGUUCUUUCUACAUCCCAGCUGAGCCCAAGUUGGUCUUCGUUAUCCGUAUCAAGGGUAUCAACAAGAUCGCACCAAAGCCCCGCAAGAUCCUCCAGCUCCUCCGUCUUCUUCAAAUCAACAACGGUGUCUUCGUUCGCAUGACCAAGGCUACCCUCGAGAUGCUUAAGGUCGUUGAGCCAUGGAUCGCCUAUGGUUACCCCAACCUCAAGACCGUCCGUGAGCUCGUCUACAAGCGUGGUUACGGAAAGGUCGACAAGCAACGUAUUGCUCUUACCGACAACUCCAUCAUCGAGACCAGCCUCGGCAAGUACGGUAUCGUCUGUAUGGAAGAUUUGAUCCACGAGAUCUUCACCGUCGGCCCCAACUUCAAGCAAGCUGCCAACUUCCUCUGGCCAUUCAAGCUCAGCAACCCAACUGGUGGUUUCCGCCCAAGAAAGUUCAACCACUACGUUCUUGGUGGUGACCUCGGUAACCGUGAGGACAAGAUCAACGCUUUGGUCAGACAAAUGAACUAAAGUUGGUGAUGGGACGGGAUGUUUUUCUUUGGCUUAGCGUUUACUGGCAUGUAUGGCGUAUAAGAAACCAAAAGAAUGAUACACUUCUAUGAAAUAAUUGAUACCAUUUUGAUUUUAUUGCGAAAUAACUUAUACUUCUUACUGUGUCUGUGCUGUUGUAUUUCAUGCGUACCUCAUCACCAUCAUCACCAGUCUCCAUGAAUUGUAAAGCA